UAUGCGAGAUACUUUCGCGAAAUCGACAGAUAAUGAUGCAGUGCGCAUGUUUAUGCUAUCGACAGCUGCUGUCCACGUGACGCAGCCCCGAUGAAUGUCUCUUUAACAGCUGAAUAAUUAACGCGCGUUUUUCCGACGAAUAGAUUAUCACGUGAUCGCAGUCAAACGUCGGAGAAGCUCGCGCCAGCGCGCAAGAUCGAAAUCACCGUGUAUCGAUCAUCAAAACCGUAAUUAAUUAAUAAUUACCGCGCGUAAAAGGCGGCUCGCGAGAAAGCCGUCGGUCUUCCGGAGAAGGAGAAGCGUCCGCGAUUACGCCGUAGAAGGCUCCUUCGAGUACGAGAUACGAAGAUAAGGAAGUUGUCGCGACGCGCCGUCGUCGUAUCACGUAAGCCUCGAAAACUCGCCGGCGUUCGUUCGAAUUUCGUUCGGAACUAUUAUUACAGCGGCCAGAUAUCGAUUAAAUGAUUACCGUCUCCCCCUUUCCCCACUGGGCUGGAGAGCCGCUAUCUUAUUGGAAAGCUUUCGCGGCGAACGCGCGCGCGCGCGUCUCUAAAAUAGCCCUCUUUUAUUAGACGAGCCGAGGUAAUUUUUAUAAUUACAGGUUAACCCCGCCAACGUCAACGCCAAUAAGAUCGCAUCGUGUGACGAGCGCGCAAUUGAUCGCGCCGUUUAAAGAGCCGCGAGGAGCAAGCAGAAUCGCGAAUUGACGUGCGUGCAGCUGAAACGAAUCGCGAAUGAGCCGCGCACGAACGAGCGGCGAAUCCAUCGCCGCUUACACGCGAUCUCUCGUAGCCACGGGACGGGCAAACUCUCCAUGGUAACGAAUGUGGAGUGCGAGAGCUCCUCAGCAGAUGCUCGAUACUUGUCAGUCCCCCUCGUGUCUGGAUAUAUAUCCCCGCGUUGUUCGCCGCGUCGUGUACAUAACCUUGCGCCGUCGCGAUAACGGCAAGAGAGUCGCGUCUUCCGGUGAGGUCUUCUCGCGAGACGAGGUGCCGCCGCGCGAUGCUGAAAUUUCAACUCCACGCCACGCCGGAGGAUCUGAAGAUCGCCGCGUCCAUAGAGCGCAAACGACGACUCGAGGAGGCGAGGAAGCAGCGCAUCUUCGACCCUCGCGUCAGGAAGAUCGGAAUAGACAAGGCAUUCUUGGAUAAGCAAGUCGAGGAAAAGAGGCGGCAGCGCGAGUGCGAACAGGCGGAAGAAUGUCAAUUGAACGAGGCGCUCGUCCACAGCAGCCAGCUCGCCGCGCAUCUGGAGAGGCAGCGGGAGGAGGAGAGGCGCAGAAUACGCGAGGGGAUCGAGUCGUUCCGACGAGAGCACCAGAGAGCCGAGGACCGGCGAGAUUACGACCUGUACGACCCCGAAGCGUUGAAGAAAUCGCUUCCACCGCGAGCGGACGACGAUGACCCGAGCUUGGGACUAGCGUCUGCUCAGAAGUUCGAAGGCGAGGAUCCGAAUCUGCAGGAGCGGCUGAAGGCGCAGAAACGGCAGAUGCGUUGGUGGAUACGCAGGCAGAAGGAGGAACGCGAGGCGGUUGAGAAGGUGCAACGGGAGAUCGAGGAAGCCUAUCAGGAAGUCGUCCUCUCCAGGGACAAGCGCGCGGCAACGCUCGCGCGGAUGGAGGAAGAGUGCCGGCGAAGGCUGAACGAAGCCACGGCGAAAUUCAAUUGCGCUCUGGCCACGGAACGACAGCAGCGUCGUCAAUGCGAAGCCAUUCAAGAGGAGGAGGACAACAAAGCGGAAAUCUAUAAUCACGUGACUGGGGACUUCCUCACCGAGGCCAGGGAGCAGGCUGAGAGCACUCGCGGUCCGCAGAGACCGUUGGCAUCACGGUACAAGGGCAUGACUGAGGACGAGUUGAAGGUCUUCAGGGACGCUCAGUUGGAGCAGAUGAAGGAGCUUGAGAGGAUCAAGCAGGGUGAGAAACGCACGGACGAGGAGUGGGAUCGUCUGAUGACUUCGCACCUUCAAGUCGCGUACUCGCACGCACGUGAAUUGGAUCAGAGGAAAUCGGAGCUCAACAAGAAGAUCGCCGAGGAGAACUUGCAGUUGGCCGAGCGGCAAAAGUCGCAUCAGGAUUAUCUGAACCGAGUUCUUUACAAGAACAUGCCGACCGCCGAUUUCUACGAGCAAUUCAACAAAAGUACACGUUGAACAGUUGCAGCAAUAUGGACGGGCGUAUCGCGGGACGUAAAAAAAUCGCACAAGUCGGCCGAAUGAGAAACCCGUGUGAAUAAAGCGAUCGUAUUGGCAGGAAAGGGCCUUCGUUGGCCUACAAUUUCCGGCGUCUCCGGAGUUUACAAGUUGCUCGAAUUGUAAUUAUUACGUGAUCGCUUAGCAUCGAUAAAAUGCCGCGGUCCGUUUGUCGCGUUUGAUAUGGUACAAUGAGCAUCGCGCGAUUUUACUUCCGGUCGAUAACGUUGAACGUGCAGCACGCACCGCACAGUUACCAUGCGCCGCUGAGGACGCAGCCAGCAGACGUUGGUAAGUUUCCACGACGACGGGCGAGUGCAGAAAUCCGUCGUGAACUUCGGGGAAACCCUGGGGCGGCUUAAUCAACGGCCGAUUACCGAUGACUAACCGCGCGGCGGUAGCUCUGCCUGCGGAAUUUUCCUCCUUCGACUCCGCCGGCGUUCGAUGUAAACGAUGGUCGUAAUUGCAGAAGAAGAUUGCAGGUGUGAGAUAUCGGUAUAUAUAUAUAUAUAUAUAUAUAU